AUGUUGACUCCAAAAUUUGAAGUCACACAAGAUGAUGAGUUUCUAUACAUUACCAUCCAUAUUUCCAACAUUCGUUUCAACGCAAGCGGAUUAGAAUUAAUCAUAGAUGAGAACUUGUUCAUUUUCCAUCUAUCACCAUAUUAUCUUAGAUUAAGAUUUCCAGAGAAACUAGUCGAUGAUGAACGAUCAAAUGCUGAGUUUAAAUCUAAAGAAGAAUCUAUCUUUGUUAAGGCACCCAAGUUAGAAAAGGGGACAUUUUUCGAAGAUUUGGAUUUCCCUACGAAAUUGUUAGCUAGACAAGGUGAUUUGAUUGAAGCGGAUGAUCAAGAGAAGGUCAUUCAGAAGAAGCCUUUGAUCCAAGAAGUGGGAGGAUCGGAUAAGAAGACAUCGAUUUUGCGAGAAUCUAUUAGUGACAUUAAUGCGCAAGGGGAACAAUUCAAUUGGGAAAUUGAACAGAAGGUUACAGAUCCUACUAGUGACGGAUUGUUAGGGGUCAAAUAUGGGUUUAACAAUAUGUACGAUUCUAUGAUUUCAGUUUCUAUAUCGAAUGGGAAUGAUAUUAAUGAAUUAGAUGAUCCUGAACACACGAAUGCCAAUGAUCGAGUUAAAGAGAGGUUGUUAAAGGAAGAUUCAAAGUUUGAUCCCGAAUACUAUGUUUCCGAUUAUAUGAUAAAUAAAUAUGGUAGUGGGGAAGAUUUGGUAAUGAAUGGUAUCAAAGCUUUAUUGGAAUAUACACCACCAUUAGUGAAAUUGUAUUUGAAAUGGUACAAGCACACAGAUAACAAGGAUGGAAUCAUGCCAGUGGAAUUCACUACGGAAGAACAAGAGCAAAUGCAAAAUAACAUUCCCCAGAGGGAAUAUCUUAUAGAUGGUUCAGAAACUAAAAGAGCAUAUAUCACGCUAUUGAACGUCUUGUUCGGAUACGUCUUCGAACAACUUGAAAAUGAAGGCCAACAUAAUACCGAGAGUGCAUGGACUAUGGGGAAACUGAUACCUCAAAUAAGUUUUCUAGACCAACAACUGAUUUUGGAAGAAGAUGCAUCGAAGGAUGCUACGCAAAUUAAAGGUGCUGUUGUAACAGGUAUACGUAGGGCUAUGUGUUAUCCCUUACAUCGUCACUAUGAAUUAUCUUUGAAAGUGUGGAAACAGGUUUAUUAUUUGCUGCGUGCAGGUAAGCGUACAGUAAUACGAGCUUUAUUAGAUAUCAAUGAAGUAUUCCGAUUCCAUGAUGUUUAUUAUGUAUAUUCGAAGAUUUUGUUGGCAGAUUUGACAUCCUGGUUUAUCUCCCAGAGCACAGAACCUGUUCUACGUAGCUUAGCUAUAGAGAUGCAUAGACAACUUGAACUUUUGCAGAAUAAACCAGGCAUUGACAAUGUCGGAAGUGGUGAUCUAUGUUUCCAAUUUCUAGAUCCAUAUUCUGAUGAACCUGAAGAAGAGCAAGAUGUAUUAAAAGAGAAUACAGUCGGUAGGAAAACUUUGAGAGAAUGGGAAUUAAUGGCUGAGGAGCAUUAUAAAGAGAGUGAGAGUGGGUAG